UUUUCCAUUUUACUUUGCUUUUCUUGGCACCGACUUCAACCGAAGAACUCAACCGGAUAAGAUAAUUAUUUCCAAUCAAAAGUAAUUCGUGCAUUUAAUCCAUAAUCUAAAAACUGUUCAGUUUUUAAUAGAACGCCACGUUCAAAAGAUCGUAAUAUAAAUCUAUACUCGUACAAUGGGCAAAAUAGCAAUCAUCGGAGGAACAGGCAUGACCGGCAAAUGUGUCGUCGAGCUUGCACUUCAGAAAGGCUUAAAUGUUCGAUUAUUGUACCGCACUGAAGAAACUGUCCCCGAAAGUUUUAAGGGGAAAGUAGACCUGGUCAAGGGAGAUGCUACUAAAUUGGAAGAUGUAAAAAAUGUCCUCGAAGGCGUAGACGCCGUUUGCGUAACUCUUGGUACGCGCAACAAACUCGAACCAACAACCGAAAUGUCUACAGGCACUAAAAAUAUUAUCGAUGCAAUGAAAGAAUUGAACAUCAAACGUUUUUCAAUUAUUAUGUCAUCAUUUCUGUUCAUGAACCCAGAGCAAGUACCAAAAAUGUUCCACAACAUCAAUGAAGACCAUCUGAGGAUGUUGGACUUGACUAAAAACUCAGGACUAGAUUAUAUUGCUAUCCUACCUCCCCAUAUUGCUGAUGAACCUAGCGGUGAAGUUACUAUCCUUCAUGAUUCUUCUCCUGGUCGAGCAGUAUCGAAGUAUGAUUUGGCUAAGUUUAUUGUGGAUUCAUUGGACCAACCAGAGCAUUAUGGAAAAGUUUGUGGUAUUGCAAAGAAGGCGCCAGCAUAAUGAAAUGAUUAAGUUGUUUUUUGGUAGUACAUAGAAUUGGUUGCAUUUUUUUUUGGAUAACUAUAAUAAAGAUCUUCCUGAAUUUAAAA